AUGGAUGAAGACGAGAAUCUUUCUCAAGAAAAUGCUACACCAGAACUAACCUAUCGGGGAGUCAACAUCGCAUUAGAGGCACCAGGAAACGAGCGUGCUGAUACGAAUACGACAAGCAAUGCCAGCGUUGGGAGCGUUGUGGCUCGCAUUGAGAACAUUCUCAUGCACAUCGUUGACGCCCUGCAUACGGGCGAAGAGCUAGCAAUUGCGCAUACUUCUCGGAGAUCUCGCCGUUCUACAAGUGCACAACCAGAGAUGAUUCGUUACCCUGGCCGCAACUUACAGGAAUCGGUCAAGUUUGCGCGCAUUCUAGUCAUUCUCCAGCUGUCCCAUGAUGCUUUGGUAUCUGGUACAGUGUUGACCAAGCGCCACAUUUUCUACCAACACCAGAAUUUGUUCGAUAAGCAAAGCCAAGUGGAUGAUCUUGUGGACGACAUUGCAUUCAACAUGGGUGUCAGUCGCGGAAACUUGAACAUUGUGGCAGCAUCAAAGGGCGUCCUUGCCGGGCCAUUGAUCAUACGACUCAACGAUGGGAGUUCUCUGGACCCUUGCUCCGGGGACAUGGCUGUCUUUCGAUCCCUCUGUUCUUCCCAAUUCUGGAGAACUUCUUUGUCCGGCCCUGGUGUGCUUAUCACUGCCAAAGGAUAUCCUGACUUGACUACUCGAGCCUUUCUAAACUUCGUCCAUAUGAGACACCCCCAGUUGCCAAUUCUAGGACUAUUCGACUACGACCCUGACGGUGUCAAGAUCCUGCGAUGCUACCGAUACGGAUCCGAGAGACUCAGUCACGAAACUGGCAUCAGUACACAAACGUUGCAGUGGCUCGGAGUCAAGUCAAAUCAUCUCUUUCGUGAUUACACUGGCGCUUUGCCCAUCAGCUCCGACUCUGUCAGCCAAUCUUCACGAGUAUCCAUAACAUCAACAUCGUGUCGAGAUCCCGUCUCAUACUUGAGCGCAAGGGAAAGGGCUGCAGCAAUCUCGACCCUCAAGAAGAUGGAGAACAUCUCCGGGAAUGAUGUUGAAGUGUCGGAGAUGAGAAGAGAGCUGCAGUUGAUGCUAACACUUGGGGUGAAGGCAGAAAUAGAAUGGCUCGAUGAGUCUGGGGAUUUGUUUUCAUGGCUUGAUGGCGAGAUUGGUGAGGCACUCAUAAGUGACUCGAUCUGA